UAUUUAGUUUGUACUCACUCUAUUAUAUUUUUAUCUGUGUGGGUAUUAAUUUUAUAAAUUACCAUAAUUUAAAUGCCAUUAAUUGGCAUAGUCUGAAAGGUAUCGUAACUAACACGUUCUCCCCUAUUGAGAGCUUGAUCUUGAACUAAAUCAUAUGUGCAUAUUUGAAAAAAAAAUAGUAUAACCAAAAACAAAACAAAACUAAAAAAACUUUCCAUUUGCAAUGGAAAAAAAAAUUACAAGUGUGUAUUAUUUCUAAUCUUUAAAGCAUCUUAAUGUAUUUACAUGUUUUUAAUUUCUUUUAGUUUUAACAUUUUUUUGAGUGAAUUAAUCAGGCAUGAGUUUUAUUUCAUUUUAAUUUCGGUUUAACUAAACAAAAUAAAAAUAUGCAAGAGAAUUGGUCGUUUACUGGGUGCCUGGAUGGGGGGACGUGUUUGUUUUUGUUUUCAGAGAGGUCUUUGCUGUUUUCCAGGCUUCUCUCAUACGGGCUCUUUGUCGCGAAAAGCGAAAACACCCCAACCACUACUGGAGGGUGUAACUGGAAAUUUCCUUGGCCACCGAGCUGAUGACAUCAUGCUUUUGGAGAAACAAGGUUUGUGUUCACAAGCACAACGCCAAACACAAGAAAGCCGUUGUGGAAGUUUACCUCCUAGUUCACUUCCUCGGCCAAAACGACACAGGAAAUCUAGCAGUAAAGUUGGAGAGUAUGGUCGACUCAGCGAUUCAGAUGUCAAGUCCAAAGAUGUGAAAAAGUUAGGUGAAUAUAGUCAUUUCAACGAUAGCCGUAAGAAUUCCUUGAAUUCCCUAGAUACAUCUAGUGAUGCUAGCACAGCUCCAAAUACACCAACCGAAUGUCCCUCUUCAGUUAAAUAUGAACCAUUAGAACGAUCACUCAGACAAUCACCUCUGCCACCAGAUGGACGUUAUCGUAGAUCUAGCCAUGAAUCAGAUGUCAUUAACUCUAGAGAAUCGUCUUGGACUGGGCCUAGAGAGUCUUCAUCUAGAAAUAGUGUCAACCGAGAAUCAAGAUCUAGUAUUACCAGAGAAUCUCCAACUAGGGCAAUAAUGGUUGGUCCUAGAGACUCACCAGGAAAGAGUAUACUUGAUCCGCCUAGAGUUAUGGCCAGAGAAUCUCCAGGCCGUUCUUUUUACAAAGAUACACAACGAAGUUUUAUCCCACCACCUAGAAAAAUCGAUUUUGGAAGUUUAGGCACACCAGAUUCAAGUAAAAUAUCAAAUAUUGAAUCCAAAUUGAGAAUAUUCUCUCCAGGAGGGAUUCAAGGAAGAAGAGGAUCAUUGCAAAGAGAUGGAAUUUAUAAGGGAGACUCAAAUAAUAAAAAUGGUGUUCGGUCACUCCCUACUCCGAACAAAUAUAGAAUUCAGUUUUAAUUUAAUGUGAUAUUAAAAGUUAAUUAAUAAAUCAUUAAAUUAUUAUUUAUACGCGUUCUUAGCGAGUUCAGAUCUAACACUACUUAUGUAAAACCUAGUCAUGUUGCUUGUCAAUAAAAUAGCUGCAGUCUUUUGGCGUUACAAGUUUAACGUACAUUGAAAAUGAUCUGCUGUAUUUUACUUUACUUAUUGUAUAUUUAAUAUGUAAACGCAUAUUAAACAAUGUAAAACAAAUUGUUUUUU